GGGGAUUCUAGACCGAGAGAACAGGCGAUGGCCCACAGCCUGGCCUCCAAGGUUACGAGGCUUAAAUCGCUGGCCCUGGACAUCGACAGGGACACAGAAGACCAGAACCGGUACCUGGAUGGCAUGGACUCGGAUUUCCUGAGCGUGACCGGCCUGCUCACGGGGAGCGUGAACCGCUUUUCUACCACGGCACGGUCUGGGCGAGACAACCGGAAGCUUCUGUGUGGUAUGGCUGUAGGCCUGACUGUGCUCUUCUUCAUCCUCUCCUACCUCUUGUCAAGAGCAAGGACGUGAGCCAGUGGAAGCCAAGAGCAGCCAGACUCUUCCCCACCUGGUAUCCUGGGCUA